AUGGCAAACAGCUUGGUGGUGUUCUUGAGUCAUGGGAUCCCAGCGUUCGGCUUUAUCUUCUACGGGAUCUCCCUCUUUGUCACCAAUUGCCUAGGAGCUCCUCGAGGAUCAAACGAGCUCAAAGAGAGUCGACUGCUAGCCCUUGCAAAGCGAGUCGAGUCUUACAUUGCCCUUCUCGGAAGCGCAGCGGUCAUCGCCUUCCACUGCAUUGUCCAGCCAACGCGAAGCUUUCCGGACUUGGAGCACAUAGCCAUGGCUCUUCCGUUCUUCAUCUAUGGACUCGCUCUACGCUGGAAGGCAAGCUUGCCGAGUGGCUUCGCGGAUCUCAUGGGAGCAGCUGCUUUCGCCCAGGAAUUCCUCCUCUUUCACUGGCAUUCCUUGGAUGACACGGGUGUGGAAUCCCACUAUCACGCUCUCUUGCAAAUCACCGUCAUGGCUUGCGCUCUUACAAGCUUGGGCGAGAUCUUUGUGCGACACCACCAGACCACCAUCAAGCUUUCCAGGUCGAUCUCUAUCGCCUUUCAGGGCGUCUGGCUGCUCCAACUCUCGCUGGUAUUUGUCUUUCCUUCGCUGUUCCUGGAUCGAGAUUGUCAAGUCAACAGUCACCACGGCCACAUUCGGAUCGAGUGCGCAAACCAAGAGCUUGCCAACAAAUCCAAAGCCGUGGCGACGAUGGUUUUUAGCUCUCAUCUUUCUUUGCUAAUGGCAGCGUGUGCCACACUGUAUCUUCUGAUUGAGAAAAGAGCUUCUUUUUACAGCCCAGUUGGGACGAAUUCGUGGGAUGAUCAAGCAUAG